AAUGCCUGGCACUAAACUGGACAUGGUUCUUAGAUCUGUGUUUAUGUUGUUUGUUAUUAAAUUUUAAAUGGAUAUGGAUGAGAUGAUCAAAAGUAAUUUGGACCACUUAAGUGAAAGUGAUGAGUCUUCACAGUUUCAUUUUGGUCACAGAACAAUAGCUCGUCGUCGAGAAAAAAUACAGUAUACAGUUUACAAAUGGUCCAGCUAUUCUUACAACUAUCUUCCAGAAAACAUUUACUAUGACCGUCCAAGUGAUCAGCUUUCCAGAUGGUCUUCAGACUCAAACAAUCCUCCUCAGUAUUUAAUUUUAAAGCUUGAAAAACCAGCAGUUGUAGAAUAUAUUCUCUUUGGCAAGUAUGAAAAGACUCAUGUUUGUAACUUGAGGAAAUUUAAAGUGUAUGGAGGCCUGACAGAAGAUCACAUGAUAGAGUUAUUAGAUGGGGGCUUGAAAAAUGACCAUGUUAGUGAGACCUUUCAGCUGCGUCAUGAAAUAGAAGGCAAUCCAUUCCCUUGUAGAUAUAUCAAAAUAGUCCCUUUACAAGCUUGGGGUCCGAGCUUCAACUUCAGUAUCUGGUAUGUAGAGUUGAUUGGAAACAACAGAUGGGAGGAAGUGAAACAUAGCAUGAACUGGUAUAACACAUACAAAGAAAGGGAGGCCAUAAGGUUGUGUCUGAAACAUUUUCGACAGCGCUGCUACACUGAAGCUUAUGAAGCCUUGAUGAAAAAAACAAAUAUUGUUUUGGAGCACCCAAUAUUAACACAGCUUCACACUCUACUGGUUAUAAAUGGAGAUUUCAAGGCAUGUGAAGAUUUGGUUUCUCAGGCAUGUAAUGAAGGAAUGUUUGACCAGUACAUCAGUCAGCAAGAUUAUAAACCAGACUGGACGCCCAUAGAACCUGUCAGUAUUAAAAAAACAGAUCAUGGUAUAGAGAUAAGGCCAGGAAUGAGAGGGGGCCAUCAGAUGUGUAUUGAUGUUCUGACAGAAACAAUCUACAUGUUUGGAGGAUGGGAUGGCAACCAUGACCUGGCAGAUUUGUGGUCGUACCAUAUCCCCACCCACACUUGGGUCUGCAUAUCACAUGACACAGAAAGAGAUGGAGGACCUUCUCCGAGAUCCUGCCACAAGAUGUGCCUGGAUUAUGAAAGAAAACAGAUAUUUACUUUAGGAAGAUAUCUUGAUCCCAGUAUGAGGACUCCUGAAAAAUUAAAAUGUGACUUUCACAUGUAUGAUAUAACAAGUCAGCAAUGGACAUUUAUCACAGAAGACACUGCUGCGAUGGGAGGCCCAAGAUUGAUCUUUGAUCAUCAAAUGGUCAUAGAUAUUGAACAUCAAACUAUCUAUGUCUUUGGUGGCAGAGUUUUGAGUCCCUCUGGAACUGGCACUGAUGAUCGUUCUCCAGAACCUGUUUUUAGUGGUCUCUAUUCAUUUCAUAUUCCUUCCAAUACUUGGACAUUGCUCAAGGAGGACUGCCCCAUGUUGAAAUCAAGAAUAGGGCAUUCAAUGCUGUUUCAUCCUGUGAAAAGAGUUUUGUAUAUAUUUGCUGGACAACGAUCUAAAGAAUAUCUCAAUGACUUUCUAAUGUACAAUGUAAAUACUAAGACCAUUCAUCUUAUUUCUGAUGGAAAGAAGAAAGAUGGCUGUCAGGCAGGUUUCACUCAGAGAGCUACUCUUGACCCAGAUUUGAAUGAGAUUCAUGUCUUUUCUUUUGCUUCCUGCACUCUGUUCCAGGGUUUAAGCAGAGACAAAGACAAGAGAGAUAAUGUGAAGAAUUCCUUUUGGGUUUAUGAUAUUCACAAAGAUAAAUGGUCCUGUAUUUAUAAAAAUGAAAACAGUGGACAGCAGUAUUGGAUGAAGAUGCAGCAUGUAGAGCCAGUGCCAAGAUUUGCACAUCAGUUAGUCUAUGAUCACAUUCGAAAGAUUCACUAUUUAUUUGGAGGAAACCCUGGUAAAGAUUCACUGCCCAGGUUACGCUUGGAUGACUUUUGGUCACUAAAGCUGUCAAGGCCAUCAACAGAAUUUCUUCUCAGGCGGUGUAGGUUUUUAAUACGCAAGUACCGUUUCCUAGAAAUGAGUACGCAGGCACCUAGGCAGGCAAUGACUUACUUGCAAACUGAAUUAGCAAAUGUUGUUGAUCACAAUGAUCCAGAGGAGACAAAAGAGUUUCAGCUACUCACCUCAUCUCUGUUUCCCUGCACAAGUGCUAGAGACCAUUCAGAUGUGAAUGAUGCUGAGGAUGAGAACAGCACUCCACACUUUACUCAGAGAACUCAGCUCUUUGAUCAGUUGAUAGAAUUUUUUCCAGAAUCUAUGACUCAGCCUAAGAAAAAUUUGGUAGAUCUGGUACCUCUUUGCUAAUACCAAGCACAAGUUUGAAUCUGUCCCAACUUGAAGGGUUCGAACUGGUUGGUUGACCUUUUAUUUUAGUAGUCUCCCCUUCAUUAGGUAGUGCAAUAUGAAUGUUAUAGUUUUUUUUUAUUAUGUUUUAGAAAAUGGAACUUUUUUUUUUUUAAACAUUUUUCUGAAGUUUUAAAACAAUAGGAAAGAUUAUUACAAUAAAAUGGUAUAUUCCAAAAUAUAUGUACACCUUAACAUAGGCUAUAAAUAUAUAUUCUAACCAUUCCAUGGAACCGUUGUUAAAGUUUGUAAAAUUUACAUGAAUUAUUGUUUAAUUCAGUGACUGCAGUAUAUUUGUGUUGAAAGUUGCCUUGCCUACAUAACUAAGUCAGUAACUAUUUAUUUUACUUGAAACAAGCUCUGAAUGCCAGUUACUAAGUAUCCAAUGCUAGCCCCCAGCACUUUAAUAGUGAUCAAAUUGUUCCUCAUCAUGAAGGAUGGAGGGACUUUUUAUUGGCUAUGAUCACAUCUAAAUUCUUAUACAUGUUAUAGGAAUAGCUAUGACUAUUCUCUAUUCCAUUUUGUCCCUUGGUUCAAUUUCUGCCACAAAAAUAUCUAUAGAUUCAAAAUACUUUUAUUAUUAAGGUCAUGUUCUAGAUUGAUAUAGUCAAACUACUAAUGCUGUAUAGUUAAGAAUGCUACAACUAUACUAGAAAUAGAAAAAAGUGCAGUCUUAUCAUUCAGCAAAGAUUCAGCAUCUCUCAAUAUUUGUUACAAGAUAUACAAUGUCAUUUAAAUGUUUGUAAUAAAUCUGAGUUACAAGUCAGUUGUUACCACUGUAUUUUUGUAGCAUCCAUUCUCAGAUGUAAUUGUACCAACAACAAAUGUUGAAGUCUUAAAAUUGUAAACUACCAUUUAUUCCAUGUUGCCAAUUGAGUUUGGCAUUGAAUUAAUUCUAUAAGCAUAUAAACUAAUAACCAUAAAACCAUAUUAUGAAACUAUAUUAUACUUGCAGUGUAUAACAAAAUUUAACUUUAUCAUUAAAUACUGGGAACUAUAAAUUGAAUAUUGAAACACUGAUCAACACAUUGAUGAAAGAUGAAACAAGUAUUUUUGUCAGGCCACAGCGCCUGUUUCUCUAACCAUAUACUGUUCAAGAGUAUAUUAAACAACACAUUGACAAGCCUUAUUUGAUUUCCUCAACUAAGGUGGAUUGAAACAUCAUGUUUUAUUCAGUCAUUUAUAGACAGUUAAACUUGAGAGCUCUACUGCAGUCAUGUAUAUGUGAAUAAGUCUAGCUAAUGCUCAGAAACAAUGGCAAUUUUAUUAUGAGUUUUUCAAGCAUAGACUUUUCCUUCCUAACAAUUUUUAGUCAUUUAUAUUUUGUAUAGAGAUUUUGUUUUAAUUGAUACAAAGACAAAAAAAUGUUUAUCAAGCAUUCUUCACACAAUUCAUUCAUGCUGAAGAUAUAUGUGUUUAAUUAAAUUGAUGGGUGUAUUUUUAUGAAACAACUUUAAGUGAACCAAGGCUUAAAGUAAAAGGAAAUAUACUUGUUCAUCUGACUUAUUACUUUAUAAGCCAAAUUAUUAUAUUACAUAAUUUGGCUAACACAUCUUCUGUGAUAAACCGCAAGCCUAAUUUAGUUGUUUGUUUUUUUAAGUAGGAAAUGUCAAGCUAAGGACCAAAUUAGUCAGUCAUGAAUAAUAGCAAAGUGCAUAGACCAUUAGGCUAUGUACUCAUGCAAAGAAAACUUUGUUCUAGUGAUGAAUAUAGGUGUAGAAUACUAAUGUUUUUCAUUUCAGUGAUUCUGAGUUUUUAAGUUUCUGUGUGAACGUUUUAUUUAAAUAAUGAAGUUUAUGACUCAAAAAAUAUUUAUGUAGCAUUUUAGUAUGAACAAAAAAAUUAUUAAAACAAUACUAUUUUGUUUAAUACUUCAAUUCAUUACUAAUUACUGAUAUAGGUAUAUUUCUAAAAAUACUUGUGUUGAGUAGAAUAUUUUAUUUAUUUCUAUAUAUUGAAUGUGUGCUCUAUUCCUAUUAUAUUGUAUAUAUUUAUAUGCAAGAGAUGUUAAUUAACUCAUCAUCAUGCAUAUCUUUGUCAAUAAAACUUGAGGUAAUUUAGGAAA